UGCGGAGCGGCGCGGGCCGCUAACCGACUCGGUCGACUGUCGCCGCGUAAAUGAAUUGAGAAAAAACAAUUACGGUAUGCGGAGCGGCGCGGGCCGCUACGACUCGGUCGACUGUCGCCGCGUAAAUGAACUUGCGUACGGCGUGACCUUGUUUAUUCGCCGAGCUCCGUAGACCGAGCGUUGGAUUCCAAGAAAUGACGUAGCGUCGUAAACACCUCACCCCCCUCGGUCGAAAACAAGUCUCUUCAUCUAUUGUGCCGAAUUAUUCGGCGCGGAGCAGCCGAGUGAGACGGGCGUUCCGCGUACGUUCCCGCGUCGCGACGCGAUUAUCCCCUGCGAAAGUUAUUAACGUUUACCAACCGCGUUUAAGUGACUGUCGCGAUUCGUCCUCUUAACGUUGAUUUCACCGGUGAUUUGCCGAAACAAAUAUCACGCGUGAUUCGCAGUGGUAAUUGCGAUAAGGGAAUUACAUGUGUAUACAGGGUUCGAUCGGUAAUCCAUUUCUCAAGUGACCGAUAAUCCUUUUCAAACGCUACGUGUUACGCAGUUCUUUUUACAGAUAAGAGUUGAAUUAUUUUUGCGUAAUAUGCUUUGGGCUCUCGUGCAAAUGGCAUUGUUAAUUCCCUAUUGCAUAACGGCACAUUCAAUUGUUCGCUGGGCUAAUUUACGAGUGAGCGGACGAAUACGUCGCGUUUCUUCGAUUACGAUGUGUCUAAUAAAAUGCGAUAAAUGCGGAAAAUGUGCCACGGAAUCGUCGCGUCGUACUUUGCUAUUUAGUUGUAAUCAAGUGUCAUAAUUGUAAUUUAAUAUAAUUUCGCGAGUGAGUGUUGUGUCAGCAUCACCAAGAGGAAGCAAUAACGGAAGAGCAGACGAAGGGAAAAAGGACUGAGGUAAUCAACAACGGAUGACGGCAGAGCAACGAGAGGGUGGCGAAACGUAUGAGGGACGUCAGAUCAAAGGCGUCAAGGUUUCCUUCAAAGCCAACAAUCCCGGAAUCUUCCUCGAGGGUGGCAUCCAUGCUAGGGAAUGGAUAUCGACGACGACUGUCAUGUACAUCCUACAUCAAUUGCUAACCACCGAUAACUUGGACAUCAGAGAUCUGGCUGAGAGCCACGAUUGGUAUAUCUUCCCCUUAUUUAAUCCCGAUGGAUACGUGUACACGCACAACACGGACCGCCUAUGGAGGAAGAAUCGUAAACCACAGAAUUUCUUCUGCACCGGUGCGGAUCUCAACAGAAACUGGAACUACAAAUGGAAAACUAGGGGUGUUAAUAGCAAUCCGUGCAUGAAUUCUUAUGGCGGAAGUAAGCCAUUCUCCGAAAUUGAAACCGAGAGCAUGUCGAAGUAUAUCAAGUCGAUUUCCGAUAAAUUUUAUGCGUACAUCUCAUUUCACAGUUUUAAGCAGCUUUUAAUGUUCCCUAACGGCUACACGAGAAAGCAUAUCGACAAUCACAACGAAUUGUAUGUCAUUGGUUUAAAGGCAAUUACAGCUCUCAAACGGAGAUACGGAACUAGAUAUCGAGUCGGAAAUAUUGCCGAGACAAUUUCUCCAAUCAUCGGAACCACUACUGAUUACAUCAAAGGUACAUAUGAUAAACGUAUUGUCUACGUGUACGAAUUGCGUGAUAACGGUCAUUACGGUUUUUUAUUGCCUCCUGAUCAAAUUAUUCCGACUGGAGAAGAGACUUUGGACUCCCUUGUAGCCAUAUUUAAGGAGAUAAGAAAAUGCGAAACAAUAGAUAUAUAAUUUGUAACUACUCAUUGUAAAUAUUAUAGUGUGACUUUGCUAAAAAUUGAUGUGUCGUGUCUCGAGACUCAAUAUCGUCGUCUGAUGCGCGGCUCUUCGUGCUCAUAACAGAUGUUAAUCCAUUUUAAUUUAAAUAUUAAUUUUUUAGUCCAAACUAUAUGUAUGACGUUUCGAAGUUCCUGUACUCGAAAUUAUAAUAAAUAAGAUUUUCAUGUGUCUUUA